AUGGCCUGUUGGGCGUGCUUGGUGCGAGAAACAUCUGCGGGGUUUGACGAGACGUUCGUCGCCCAACUGCACAUCUUCCCACCCGAGGAAAAUGCCGACAAGAUGUCGGUAGGGCUGCUCACAACCGGUGCGAUGUCCCGCUUCUCCGACGGCUCAUCGUCGGACAGGCACCACCAUGAUUUGAAUAUUGCAUGUCCACUUGUCAAGGCCGCCGAGCUGCGUCGUCAUCUCGUCAGUCAGCGCACAAGUGUCGCUGUGCCACCAUGCCCGCUCAUCAUGUCAGGCCCCAACGCACUGCUACUGGGAAGGACACAAUCCACCACAAUCAUCUCGCAGAACGCAUUCAGUUAUUCAAACGGAAAGAGAACAAUCAACAUGGCCAUCGGACCCAUCAAAGCAUACUUUCUAGCCGUGAUCGGCAUGACCCUCUCCAACAUGGCCGAGACGUUGGAGCCCGCCUGCGGUGCCUGUCUCGGUGUCGCAGCCGCCGAGGCCCGAGUCCCGAGCAUGAACCAGAUGCCCAUCAAGGGCGACGCCGCGCAUCAGCAAGACGAAGCUGAAGAGCCGAUGCACAAGCCUCGCGACGACCACCAGCAGCAGCCUCUGUACACAACAGAAAACGCCGGCCGGCGAGCGGGAGCCGGCCGACAAGACCGUCGGUCGCGGCAGCAUGCAUCACCUCCGCAUGAGGGCCGAAAAGGUGGCCUGCGAGGCCGAGUCGCAGUGGGCUCGGCUGCUGCGCGAUGUGUGCUCUUCUGCUCCGCGAUCUGUCGAGCAUGUUCUGCCCUCUCCUGCCCUCCAAGGCUUUUGUGUGGACGAUCGGAAUACUCUACCUCAUCGCGCGAACGCCCGAGGCCAUCGUCAUGUUUCUGUCGUACCUAG